AAAAUUUGAUUCCAAUCAUUUAGUACUGACGAUACACCAUGGCGUUGUAUAUUACAGCCUCUCGUACUGAAAAGUCAACAUUUUUGUGUAUAGAAGUUGAAACAUCACAAAAUGUUUAGUUUGGAGAUCAAAGACCGAAACAUUGGUUGUUUCGUUUAAAUCAACCACAUGAUUUUUGUCCACAUCUAUGACCUAGAUACUAAUACAGAAUUGUUAUGAAUCUCUCCGGGAGGUUUUUUGUAAAGUCGAAUUAUAUACGGGCUGCUAAAGAUGACUGGAUUUUGUGUGAUGUAAGACUUUUAACUGAUGAUACCGACACAUUUUUGUGCAUUAAAUCAUUACCUUCUUCGGUAUUAUUGAGUGAAAAUAACAACUACAUAGAGAACAGCGUUGAUAAACUCCCUGAAAAAAGUCCGUAUCGUCCAGAAAACUUCGCUACUAGACCAUUCACUGCACUAUGUAAUCUAAGUGAAUAUAAAUCAUGUUCAAUGAGAACAGAGGCCGUUAACUCAAGUGCCUCAUUUGCACUUAAACUUGUGCCUUCGAGUGUUUUCGGAAAUAAAAAACUUCUCAUUGCUACGGAAGAUGAAAACGAGAUCACCACUUGGUUGGCCAUUUGUAAGACAUGUAUAGGGAAGAAGUCGAAAAAUUGCUCUUCGAAUAACAGAGACCUUGCAUGUAAUUUGGGGACGCUUAGCAAAUCUGGCAGCUUCAUGUCACUUAAACCAAAUUCCCAAGCUUGUGAAAGUGAAUUUGACGAUGGACUAAUGGACAAUGAAGUUUAUGAAGCAUACUCUUCAGAGGAUAAAAUCCCUGCACUUCUUGAAGAAGCUGGUGAUUGGAUGAAAUUACAUUUAUGCCAACCGGAUUGUUAUUUACGUUUGACUGCAGACCGUUUAGAAGUUUUGGAUUUUUACAGUCAUAAACCCGUACAUUGGUUUCCCUACCUACUAAUUCGUAGAUUUGGUGCAUCCAAUGGUGUACUACGUGUUGAUGCUGGUCGAAGAUGUUCCACUGGUGAUGGCAAAUUCUUCUUUAGAUGUAGCCCACCAAAUGGUCAACCAGUUGAUGCUUUAGUUACGCAAAUACGACAAUUAGCAUUGGAAGCGAAACAACGUACUAAACGUAGUCAAUUAACAUUGAGUAAUUUAGAGUUGCAUGCCAAUAACAAUACUACUACUAAUAAUAAUAAUGAUAGUGGCACUCUUCCUAACAAUAUUAAUCAUCAUAACAAAGUUGGUGAAUCACCAGUUAAUACAAAUGAUAAUUUGGAUAAUGAUCAAUUAGAUGCUAGUAUUCAUGGAACAUUACCACGUGCAAGAUCUAAGCGUACAAAACUACCAAGUGAAUCUACAGUGCUACGAUCUAGUUCAAAUUGUAUUAAUGGUGGUAAUAGAAGCAGUAAUAAUAAUGGAACCAAUAGUCAAUCAGAGUGUCUUCCUCCAAAAGCAACUCCGGAAACUUCAGAUGAUGUCGAUUCACAGACGAUUCCAGCAAAUACCAAUGAUACAAAUGAAGUAUUUAAAGCGACUUUGUGUAAAGCAUCAGUACCUAAAAACGAUCAAGAAUCAGUGAAUACAUCAUCAAAUCUCUACGAUAAUUUACCACGUCCACCACGUCGUAGUUCACGUUUACCAGGAGCAAUCAAUGUACUUCCAUUACCGGCACGUAGUCAUAAACAAAAAGAUUUGCACAAUUCUGCAAACAUUGAAACACCAGUUAACACUAGUGAUACACAAUUUUCUACAGAUACUCUUGAUAAUUUAAUAAGACUAAAUUCUAAGCAUAUAAAGGCACAAUCCUCAUUAGGAUCAUUAACAUUAUCAUCGACUUCACCGACAUCAGCGACAACUACGACAUCACCAGGAGUUAGUCCACAUACAACAUCAAACGAAUCAUCCUCAAUGCUAACUCCAUCAACUAUUUCUUCACCUUCACCAUCGUCAUCAUCAUCAUCACCAUCGGUAUCUUUAGCUUUUAUGAGUAAAAAAGCGGUGACUCCUACUUGUCUAUCACAACCCUCGUUAGCACCAUCCAAUCGUCUUCAACUGUACAGUAGAAAUAAUGAAAAUAAUAAUACAGCAGCAUCGUCUUCGUUAUCAUCGAUAAACUUUAUAGACAGUUCAGAAAUAAAGUCAACUGAUGGAUGUUCUUCCAUUCAAACAUCUCCUUCUGCGAUAAAGACAACAAUGACUACAGAGACACCGAUGACGACAACUCCGAUACUAACAACAUCCUCAUCAUCAUCCAACUCAGUUGUUAAAUCUUUAAUACAGUCGUAUACUUCUAUAUCAUCAAACAAUUCAAAAUACAAUUCUAAUAAUAAUUUUUUUGAUGACAAUCUGGCAAAUAAAUCAAGACAUUCAUCAUUGUUUGUUCCAGUUACCACCACUACGACAACAACAACAACAAUAUCAUCAUCAUCAUCAAAAUCUCCAGCAUCAAAUUCGUUUUCCUCAGCAAUUAAAACUACACCGACUAAUGAUUACAAUAAUGAUGGUGAAUCGAAAAUAGGCAUUCAUAAUUCAACAAAUAAACUGUCAAAUUUAGGUGGAAAAAUGCGGGUACCCUCAUCGAUGAUUUCACAAUCAGAUAUUACUGAUCCUCAACAGCAGAAACAACAACUUCCAAGUAACUUUUCCCAUUUUACCAACUCCAAAUCUAGUUCAGCUUCAUUAUUUCUAUCUGGACCUCAUCCAACAUCAAAGCAACAACAUACAAAUGUCACUUCUAAUCCUUCUUCUUCGUCAUCUUGCACAUUGUCAACAUGUUCACCAACUACGAACAACAACAUUGUUAAACCAAUUUCUUUACCAGUUAAAAGAGAUUCCGUAUUUCGAGCUGAAAAGACUAUUCCCCGUAGAUCCUUAGAGGCAAACAAUAAUGCUACCAUCCACAAUAACAACAACAACAACAAUGAAUCGAUACAAAGUCCCAUCAAUACCUCUAUACUAAAUUCUAAUAAUAAAAUACGAGUAACAAAAGAUGACUCACGACGAUAUUUAAGUGAAUUAGAUAGUGUCAUUAAAGAACUCUGUGAAGCUAAUGAAGCAGCUGUACAAGCUACACGUGAAGCAGCACAAAGAAGACAAUAUCUAGGCUGGUCAUCAACAACGAAUUCACAGUUGAAACUCACAUCAACAAAUGAAUCAAAUAUCAUACCUAUCCCAAGUAGUACUAAUGCCUAAUAAGUAGGUUUCUGUGUGUGUGUGUGUGUGUGCUUGGUAAUAUACUCUCAUUAAGAUACCAUGUUUUUGCUCAUUCAACAAACAGAGUGCAAAUCUUAUCGUACAAAUUGAAGAUCAUUAUUCACUGAUACAUUACUUUUUAAUCUAUUCGCUUUUGAUAUAUGCACAAACACACAAUAAGUUGUCUUGAAGUUUUCAACCAUAACAAUCUUUUACACACACACACACACACAGACUUUACUAGAUUUCCACAGUUUCAUACUUUAUAUUCUAGGUGUCGGAGAUAUAUAUUUCAUUACAUGAAUAUUUGAACUUAUAAAUGAUGUUUGUUUCUUUGCUUAUAGAGUUUCUUUCUUUUUUUCAUUUCUGUUCCCUUAUCCCUACUUCAUAUCCCUUAUUGUUUAAAGAAAGAAGAUAGUUUCAUUCACUCAUUUAAUUUAUGUAUCAUUUCUACAUAGAAUACAGUAAUGAUUGAUUGUUUCAUUUUAUGAAAGUGUUUCAUUAAUAUUUUACACAUUGUAAUCACUAUUACAUAAUCAUUAUUACUACAUUAAACUUAUUAUGCAAUAUACAUAUGUCACAUAUAUACUGCCCGUUAGUAACAAAAGAGAGAUCUAUUUUCAAAAAUCAAUAUAAUAGUAACCUGUCAAUGAAUCAAAUUAAUGCUGUAUUGUGGCUUCUAUUUUUGUUUUGUUUUACACCUUUAUCUUGUUUAUGUUUGAUUUCAUUCUGUAUUUGACAAUUUAUGACAAAUAUUGUUAUAGCUAUAAGACUUAUCAUUUGUUUGCAUAAGUGUUCAUUGUUAAUCAUACUUUGUUUUAAUCUGCUUAUUAAAAAAGAAGUCAUUAUUAUUGUGAUUAAAUAUAAUACUUUACACAGGCUUAAUACUUACUAACUGACUAUAAUUCUGCGUUUCUAUAUAUUGUCGAUAUAAUAUUAUCAGGAGGGGUUUGAAAUUAGACAUUAACGCUGGUGGAUGUCAG